AUGUUAAACCUAAAGUCUCACAAUCUCCCUAACCCAGCUCUUGCUACAGAUUCAGAAACAAAUGUGUGCAUGGCAUCACCAACUCAGAUUACAAGACAAUCACCUAUAAAACGACGACGGAAGAGCAUAUCUCCACGUAAUUUACCUAAGAUUACUGAUCAAGAAUUACAGCAAUUAUCUGGAGAUUUAAAUUCCACCAUUGUGCCGCUGUUUGAGAAGACAUUGACAGCGAGUGAUGUUGGUCGACUCGGUCGCAUGGUUCUUCCGAAACCAUGCGUUGAAGCAUAUUUUCCUCCGAUUUCUGAACCGGGGGGCAUUUAUUUACAUAUUGAAGAUGUGAAAGGGAAGAAACUGAUGUUUAGAUUUAGAUUUUGGCCAAAUAAUAGCAGCAGGAUAUAUGUUUUAGAAGGUGUACAUCCUUGGAUUCAGUCUAUGCAAUUGCAAGCUGGAGAUUUCGUCACAUUUAGCCGGAUGGACCCCGGGGAGAUACUAAUAAUUGGGUUUCGAAAGACAUCAAAUUUGUUUACGCAGGUGCAUGAAUUUACUUUGUCUAAAGGCAUGAAAAGAGAGGGAAUGCAUCCGCCACAAGAGCUAGUUCCUGAGAAGAAACAAAGAACAUGUGACAUUGGUUCAAAAAGUAAGAGGCUGGUUAUUGAUAACCAAGAUGCAUUCAUGUUGAAGCUUAGUUGGAAAGAGGCUCAAGGUUUUCUUCAUCCAUCACCAACAGUUAACUCGAACAUUGUGGUGAUUGAGGAUCAUGUUUUUGAAGAAUAUGAAGAACCUCCUAUCAUUUCAAAGAGAGGAAUAUUCAUAAACGGGAUGAAUGAGAAAUGGAUACAGUGUGACAAGUGCUCAGAAUGGAGGAAGUUGGGAUCUGUGGAGAAUUUAUGGGAACAGAGAAGGUGCUCAUGUUCUGUUCCUAUGAGUUGAACCUAAGGAAUGUUGUUUUCAGAUUCCUUGAAACCAUUAGAAAAGACUUUGAUCUACAUGGCCUAUGCAAAGAGCUGGUUUUUGUCAGAACACAAUGAUAUCAGCUGAUCUAUGUAGCUCAACUACAUG